GAUAUUUUUAUUAAAAUAUUUUUAUAUAUAAAUUAAAAAAAAAAUUGUUAAAUUACCAUCAACAUAUAAAGUUAAAUAAAGAAUGGCUCUUCGUGUUCAAUUUGAAAAUAAUGACGAUAUUGGCGUCUUCAGUAAAUUAACAAAUUCCUACUGCAUUGUGGCUAUUGGGGGGUCCGAGGCAUUUUACAGUGUGUAUGAAGCAGAAUUAGCAGAGACGAUUCCAGUUGUUCAUGCGAGCAUUGGUGGAUGCCGCAUAAUUGGUCGCCUAGCAGUUGGAAAUCGUAAUGGUUUAUUAGUUCCGAGUUCAACUACAGACGUUGAAUUACAGCAUUUGCGCAACAGUUUACCAGACACUGUUAAAAUUCAACGUGUUGAAGAACGGUUAUCUGCCCUUGGUAAUGUUAUUGCCUGCAAUGAUUAUGUUGCCCUGGUGCAUCCAGAUCUUGACAAAGAAACCGAGGAAAUCAUAGGAGAUGUUUUAAAUGUUGAAGUUUUCCGUCAGACUAUAGCCGACAACACAUUAGUUGGUUCAUAUACAGUUCUUAGCAAUCAAGGAGGCAUGGUUCAUCCAAAGACUACCAUAGAAGAUCAGGAUGAGUUGUCGUCAUUGCUACAAGUUCCGUUGGUAGCUGGUACAGUAAAUCGUGGCAGCGAAGUUUUAGCUGCCGGCAUGGUUGUUAAUGACUGGAUUUCAUUUGUUGGAAUGAACACUACUGCUACUGAAAUUUCUGUUAUUGAAAGUGUGUUUAAAUUGAAUCAAGCUCAGCCUUCAACAGUUACAACAAAAUUACGUGCUGCCCUCAUAGAGGAUAUGUCAUAAGUGAGUCUAAAUUAAUUGCUGAUAGUCGAAGGAUGACCAUUUUAUAUGAAUAUAAUAUUAAGUUUAUCUUAAAAAUAAAACAAUUUUAAAAUUUCUAUUGUCAUGAAAUUAUUAUUAUAAUAUUAAAUAAACACCAUUUUAUCUUUUUAACAUAAA